CGAAAAUGGUUGCAUCGAGAUCUCGUCAAGGAGAAAAAUCAAGGCAGCCGCCGCCUGCUAUUCCAGAAGUUGAGGAGGAAGAUGAGGAAGAAGAUGAUGAGGGAGAGGGUCCCUGCGGCUCAUAUUUCAGAUUUCGUGGGUCCACCUAUUCCCUCUUCAAAAUUAUAAACUACUGGAAAGAAGAUGCUGAAUACUAUGCAGCCUGCAAGAAAGAAGUCGAGAAGGCAGGAUUCAGGGGCCUAUUGGAGCUUCGCAUGCCGAAGAUACCCAAUGUCUUCAUGGACGACUUGAUGGCUGCUUAUGACUCCUCAUCCAGUACUUUUGUUUUUGGGGAAGGAGACUCGAAGAAGGUCUUCGACUUCACAGCUGAGGAUGUGGCACGUGUCUACGACCUUCCUCUCGGUGGGGCUGUGAUUGAUUUGAAGAACGUUGAGGGGGGGAUGCUUGAUAGUUUCAGCGAGGAAGUUGGCAUGAUUUCGAACAGGGCUCGCAUGGUUCCUAUCAAGCAGAUGCGGGAGUUGGCCAUUCCAGUCAACGGUCCUAGACCACCUAUUGCAAUUGCUGUCAAGCAAUUCUUGCUACUAGCUACUGGUUCGAUGCUCGUGCCAACAUUUUCUCGAAGGUGCAAGCUGGACUUUGCCCCAUACCUAGGUGGGAGUGUUGAGGACGUGAGGGUGUACGAUUGGUGUACAUUUAUUGUCCGUGAACUGAAAGUAGAGUUGACUGUUGCCAAGAAAAAAGAACAUAGUGCAAGGGCGUUGGGCUCGCCGUGCGUGUGGGUUCUCGGAGAUUGCUACUUCUUGACACUCCAUCUGUUGGACUCUCUAAAACUAGGCGGGUUGCACACAAAGACCAUCCCUAGCUGCCGGUUUUGGUGGAAGCAAAGUGUCGAGAGGGCAGGCACAUCUAUCCCCUUAGUCAGGGGAAGAUAUGACCUAGCUGCCGCUCUGCUGAGUAGGGAAGAAAUCGCCUCUCGCGGGCAGCUCCAGCCGGCAGCUAGUGCAGCAGCUGCGAGCAGUUCAGCUCCUCCUCCAGAUCGUGCACCGUUGCCCACCGCGGAAUGGUGGGAGACUGAAGAUUUGACUAGCCUUUCGCUAGGGCAGCUUAAGGGAUUGAAGGAAAUGACUGAGAGCAUGAUUGAAAAGUGGGUGGCUCGAAGGGACAAGGUCCAAACGAUUGUCUAGAAUUUGGAACAGCAAGAGUGAAUUUGAUCUACUAUUUUCCGUUGUUUGGUGGGGGGUUGUACUGUUUUCCGUGAAUUUGAUGCCAUGUUGGAAUGGCU